AUGGAUGACCGUUCAAGUGAUGACGAGUCGGUGGUCACAAACACUACUGUCGAUUCUGCUGGCUGCUCUCCACGACAACUCUUCAAGGGAUUAAACAUGCUGCGUGUUAACACUCAAGAGAUGGAGAACCUUAUAUCCGAUGGAAGAUCUUGUUCUCCGGUGAUACCCAGCCAAAUUGUUACAGCUCCUAUUCUUACCAGUCAGUUGACAGAGCCACUAUUCUCUGAUCUCACAGAUGAGGAAUCAACCUGCUCGCAGUCGCUUUUCAUCACAGACACAACAAACCACAGUAAUCAGACUCGAGUGAUACGCAGUGAAACCAAAGAACUGAGAUGCCAAAUAUCUCAGGAAAACCCCCAGCAAGCAGGUUUCAAUCAAAGAACAGAAAGAGAAAUCCUGUCAUCACACAGUCUGUUACCUUUGCUUCGUGAUCAAACUGAUAUGGUUGCUGUUUGUAAGUCUGCUUUGUCUGUCAGAGAGGUUGAAGACAGUUUAACAGAUUCUGACGCAACUCGACUGGAAACUGAUCUUGAAGUUUCUCCUAGUCCAAACGGUAAAUCAUGUAGGCCAGAUGCUGAGUUCGGAACACAGGUUAAUUACGUUCCUGGAACAACCAGACAUGCAGGAGAAGACUUUCCUCAUAGUGCUCAAUGUAAUGAUACACAAGAUGUAGGCUUCUCACAGAUGUCUGCCAUGACAUUUACAUUUCCUGAAUUUGAGUUAAAUCAACAAUUUAAGGACGAUGCCAAGAGAAAAUCAGGUAACCAGGAUAAGUUACAUAGUGGGCUUGAUGAACAUAACAGUAUCAACAACAGGACGGCUGACUGUAGAAAAACAUGUAUUGCCAGAGAUUCAUCAUUUACAUCAAAGUCAUUUGUUCCUCCCUUUAAGAAAAUGUGCCGAUCUACGAACCAAAAGAUACAGGACAUGAAAGUCAGUAAUGAUUGCCCUCAGAAAUUACCAGAACAGCAGCACAGAAUGUGGAAUAAUUCAAGUUUAAACACUGAUGACGUAAAUAAAAAUGUCCCAUCGGACAAUGACUAUUCCACUGCUUUCCAACCCAGCAGUAACUGUCAGACAUUUGAUAAUGACUUGAAUAAAGUGAGUCAAGUGAUGACGUCCAUGUUGAGCAAUAUAAAUGAUUCACAAGUUUCGACCAUGUCUUCCAAAUCUCUCUUUAGCAGCAGUGUACCAUCCGAAUCUGAAUCGAGCAAACCGUGUGAUCAUGUGACUGAUGCUGGUAAAGCACUGACCUCUGAAAGAGGUGAUUUAGAGCUUGGUGACCGUAAUGACCGGAUGUGUUGGUCAGUACAUGAGACAAUGGCCAAAGACAAAUACACAGACAUUUCACAAAGUUCUGCUGUGAAUGGAAAACCAGAACAACUGGAGAACGAUGAGCUGAAGGGUUGUAUGGUUUCUGUUUCAGAUAAUACUGAUUUAGGCCAGAUGUCUCAACCUUUCAGUGACAAUAAGAAUACAAGUGGAGAAUCAAGUGAUGUCAGUGAUCCACAAAAAUUAAAGAAAUGCAGUGAUUCUUCGUCCUCAAUAGAUACCUUUUACAAUAGAGCUAGACCUGAUAUCAAACCAACAAUAGAUGUGAAGAGUACAAAGCUAAAGGGAUCACCAUUUACUACAAAAGACUCCAACUUCAAAGGUAGUAUUGAAGGUAGAAGUGAAGUUCCAUUUUCAUUGCUCAUUCGUUCACAAGGCAACUUGUCUGCAGAAGUCUCACAUCUCAUGGAGCCAACUACAGAAUCACCAUUUGAUUUCAAUGAAAAUAACUGUAUAUCAUCUGUAACCGAGAAGCCAUUUUGUAGCACUAGCAUCAAGAAGACUCUUCUUACCCAUGAACGGAUUGGUGAUCAAUCUCAAACAUGUUUUAGCAGCAGUUCAUCCAUUACCAAGUCACCACAAUCAAAGAGAUCUUUGACUAGUGUUACAGAAUCCAAGAAAAAAUCUAAUGGAAGGAAAAAUAUACACACUCUUGAUGAAAGAGGAGCUUCUGAAGAGAAGUGUAUGAGCAGUUUUACAACUGCACGUGGACCACCAGAACAGGGUACGGACAAAUAUUAUGCAGAGGCUGAGUCUGAAGAUAAAGCUUGUGAUAAAUCAAGAUGUCAGUCACAAAAGUUAAACAGGAUGACCAGUGACAAAUCCGUUGUUUUACCUGAUCAAAGUGAAAAGAAACUGUUGAGUGAGAUGACGGCUCAGUACACCGAGAUGGCUGAACAGUUGGAGAACAGAAACCCAGACAAAAAAAUAUUCGAAUCUAUAACACAAAGAAUUAAAGGACUGCAAGUGAAAAUCUUAAAACUUAGUGAGUGUCAUAAACAUGAACGGGCAGACAUGAUGGUGAAAAUUCAGAAAGGUGUUAUGUCAAAGUUUGAAAAGCUUCAACUAAAAUCUGUCAUGCAGGACCUCGCUGAACGUCAAAAACACCUCAUUGAGAUUGUUAAAAACCACAAAGACAUAAACACCAAACUGAAAUCUCUCUCAGUUGAAGCUCUCUCUGGACCUUCCACUAGUUUUUCUCAGGAGAAAAGAAGUACUCUUUCAUCAGACCAAGUACCUACAUCUAGCCAGGCAAGCAAAAGCAGCAUUCUUCAAGAUCAGAUUAAAGUGAAGAAUAUUUCUGGAGAUAAAAAUACGAGAACUUCUGAUGUAGGAGUAAUGGUUGGUGAAACCAACUUACCAUCUAGUGAUGAGAAGUUAAUGAGACAUCUUAAACAAGUGGACUACAGUUCAAAGACAGACACUUUGGAAGUAACAGCACAAAAGAAUGACUCUACAUCUACUGGCAGCUUGAGGGCAUAUUCUAAUGCUACCAAGAAAUCAACAACACCUAGAAAGAAUGUUGUUGAUUUAAUUGAUGAUGCUGUAUGGUCUUCGACUUUGAACAAACUACCACACACUUCUGUUCCCUCUUCUGUUCAUGAUGAUUGUGUGUCUAGGACAUUUACUUAUUCCACUGCAAACAGCGAUGGAUUGGAGAAGCUUGUGGAAGAGUCGCUGAAAACAAGCAGUCCUGAGGACCAUGCUGAGAAAUUGCAGUCAAAAAUGGCUGCAAAACAAUCUGUAAAAGAACAAGAAGAAUUGCCCUCUAAGGUAUCUUUGAAUGAAAACAGCCAGAAACUUCUUGAUGACAUUUUCUUUACAAAUAGAACUGAACCACAUCAUCAUGAUAAUACUGAAGUGAAAGUGAGCAGCAAACUGGAAGAUAACUUUGCUGGGAGUCAGGUUAUAGCUGGGCAGAGACUAAAUGGAACAUGUUCUGGAACUGAAGUCAAUACUGGCAACAAACUAAGUAGUAUGACCUAUGGAAGGCAAGUUAAUGUGAAAGCAGAUUGUAAUGAAAAACCUGGAACCCAAGUUAAUAUUGUCAACAAGCUAACUAGCAUGACCCAGGCAAGGCAAGUUAAUGCUGGUACAGAUUGUAAUGCUGAAUAUUUUGUUGCAGCUGCUGAGCAGACUUGUAAAGAUGUCCAGUCAGAACCAAGUAAUAACAAGUCUCAGGGUGUGCCGAAAACACAGAAUCAAGUAAUUGUUGAUGUGUCGGAGCAGCUUGAGCAGACAUGCAAACGACAGAUUGAACAGCCCAGUAUUUCUGUUCAGCUGAAAAGAACCAAAAUAGAGGACAAAAAUGGGACAAUUCUGGAUGUCUUUGUUAUCCAGGAUCCUCGGAGCAGCAGUACAUGCAACACAACAACUGUAGAGAUGCAAGCUAAACCUGAUAUUUCAAAGUCACAGAAUGAAAAUGUGGAAACAAAGGCAGCAGAUUUUGAUGCAAGGGAGACAACUGAAAUCUCAACAGAUGGUAUACUUUCUGAAGUGAAACUGAAAAACUCUGUGAACAUCAGUUCCAAUAAAACUGUCGGCCAUGAUGCAGAACAAAACCAGUAUUCUAAGAAUAACACUCAAUCAAACUGUUCCCCAAGUCUGGUUAUCUCCCCUGUUUGUCACAAACCAUCAGUAUUCAAAUCUCCCGAGCAGAUAGUUCCGACUUCUGAAGCCUCCACGACCGUCUCCCCAUGUUCUACGGCAGUUAGCAGCGACGUUUUUCCUGUGACGUGCACAGAACUUGCUCGGAGGAUGAAAGCAAGAGCCACAAACCAAAGCCGCGCCCCAUGUCUGACACAAAACAGAAGCACUCUGAAGGCUAGUCACAUUGCCCCAGCUGAAAAGUCGUUAAUGCCACCUGAUCCAGUGAACUUUUCGGCCAAGUCUCCAUGUUUGAAAGAUCUUGUUUGUGCUGGUUUAGUGAAACCGGGUCGCCACGUGCUCCAUGUCAACACAAAGGAAGGGAAAAUCUGGGCUGAUGCCACAAAUGGUGGCCUGAUACGUGGACGAGAAGGAAAGAUCUUCCGAACUCCGUGUGCGUGGAUGUCGGCCAUCACAGGCUGUGUGGUGAAGAAAAAAGCUCCAGUUUACCAACAGAUUCAUUAUUUGAAUAAAUCCUUAUCUGAGUUGAUAAGAGAGCUGGCUGUGACUAAGAAGACAAUGGUGGACUCUACAUCACCGAUAGCCAAAUCAACUCAGUGUGCUACUGACAGGCCAGUGAAGACUAGUUCAUCAAAAGAAAACCAGUCUGACGUACCCUCACCCUCAAACCGUGUGGACAAUGUGAUGACCGCUCUGUUACAGACCCUUGACAAGUGCAAGGUGAAGCUGAUCGAUGAUGCUGAGAUCGUCCACUGUCCCGAACUGACUCCAAGCUUCUGGUCAUCUGACUUCGCCAAAGUGAAGAUGUCUAAAGACAUGUGGGCAAGUGUAGACUGCUGGAGGUGAUUAUUAUUCCCAACACGUUAAAGAUUUCGAUGAUCCAAUGAUGGAUCCUUUGUUUGUCACUUUGCAGAUAUGAUGAUCCAAUGAUGGAUCCUUUGUUUGUCACUUUGCAGAUAUGAUGAUCCAAUGAUGGAUCCUUUGUUUGUCACUUUGUAGAUAGGAAUAACUUCCAGAAUUCCAUAUUUUAGUGCUAUCAGAAAACUGUUCAUGUUUUUGAUUUUUGUGAAAAGGUUGCAGUACACCUUACUAUUUUUAAGACUAUGCACAGGGUUCCAGAACGGUUUUGUAAUGUUAUUUUUCCAUAUUUAUAUUUGUUUGUCCUAGCAUCCACUGCAGGGAACAUUUUGUUUAAAAAAUCUUGAUUAGCGAUAUUUCAAGUCAGUUAUUAGCAAUUACUGUUUAUUUCAUUCAUUCAUUUCAAC